ACGGAGGAGUGAGAGGUGAAGUUGCAGGUUGUGGCUAGAAAUGGAGACAAAAUCCUCACAGGGGCCUGAGUGCCUAAGGUCAGCGGCGUCAUCCGCUGUAAGUCGAAGGCUCCCGUACCCAAGACUCUUGUCCCUUUCACCUUAAGGUACCCUCAUCAGCUUCAUUCUCUCUGGAAACAAUUGCAACUUCUCAAUGCCACUUAAUUUUAAUAGCAACACUGGUUUCCCGCGUUUUUCUGUCAGCAUCGAAUGAUUUCGAACCCUUCAUCAUCAUCACAAUACCAAUACCUCUUCCGUUCCUCGAAGCACAACCUCCGCCAAGCAUCGAGGUCGCUUAUCCAUGCGUUUAUCGAUUAGAUAGCACAUCUAAUCUUAUCGGCCGGGGCCUUUCAUGGUGGGCUCUUUUUUUUGUUCAAUCGUCAAACUUCGCAGCGAAACCGCGACAGCCUCCACCGAGAACCACACCCGCUGCGCCGAUACGAUGGCGUCCCCCCAGGACUUCAAGUCUCUUCAGGACAAGGUCCAGGCCGCGCUUGUGGCCACUGUCAAGUCGGUCAACCGUGUCUCCGCCGAGGACCUUCCCUUCCAGCGCGCCGUCAACCCCAGUGUCGGCGACGAUCUCGACGCCAAAACCACACGGAUUCUCGAGCUCUCGACCACACUCCUCAAGUCAGCUGCAGAGGUCUGCGGACUCAAUGCGCCCGACCUCGAAGAUGCCGACGACGUUGAUAUGCGCUGGCGAAGCAUCGUGGACGUUGUCGACUCAGUCUUGGAGAAAGCCGACACAUCUAUUGACGAGUACACCGGAGCUUUGAAGAGGAAGGAUGCGCCUGCUGCUGAUGCCGCUCCCCAAGCGAAGAAGCCCAAGACGGCUGGAGGCGUUGUCCGCAGUGCCAACAUCACUAAACCCCAACUCCACUUCGAUCAGCCGGUCGACAACAACGCUCCAUGGAAGCCCCUCGUUACCGCAAAGCCCCAUGCUACGGUUCCUUUGGAGAAGAGCCUGAUCACUAGCGAAACUGAAGAGGGUUUUGUCCAAUACAAGCAUCCCUACGAAACCGAAAUCCUCGAGGCGAAAUACCCCAAUCGCGUCUACGAACAAGCCGAGCCGAUUCCAUGGCAGCCCGUCGAAGGCACGGAAGCCAUCUACGUCGACACAUAUGAAGGGGUCUUGAAGAUGCUGAAGGAUCUGAAAAAGGCCAAGGAAAUCGCCGUCGACCUGGAACAUCACGACUUCAGAACAUAUGUCGGACUCACCUCGCUGAUGCAGAUUAGCACAAGAGAACAGGACUGGAUUGUAGACACUCUGAAGCCAUGGAGACAGCAGCUUCAGGUGCUGAACGAGGUUUUUGCCGACCCCAGCAUAAUCAAGGUCUUCCACGGCCCCUUUAUGGAUAUGGUUUGGCUGCAGCGCGAUCUUGGUCUGUAUGUCAACGGUCUGUUCGAUACCGGAAGUGCAUGCGAAGCGCUACACUACCCUCAAAAGAGCUUGGCAUUUCUUCUCAAGAAGUUUGUCAACUUUGACGCCGACAAGAAGUACCAAUUGGCCGACUGGAGAGUGCGCCCCCUUUCUGAAGAGAUGCUGUACUAUGCCCGUUCUGAUACCCACUUCCUACUUUAUAUUUACGACAAGAUGCGCAACGAGCUCGUGAUGAAGUCGGAUAGGGGCAACCCCAGUACCGACUACAUCGAAAUGACGCUCCAGAAGUCUAAAACCCUCUCAUUAAGUCGGUAUGGUGGUGAGACAUUCGACCCCAAGUCUGGCAAGGGAAGUAAGGGCUGGUACAACACUCUUCUGAAGCACCCCAUGCCCUUUUCGGGCCAGCAAUUUGCCGUAUAUAGAGCCAUCUGGGAAUGGAGAGACGAGGUGGCACGGAAAGAGGACGAAAGUACAGCCUUUGUCAUGCCCAAUGGUAUCGUUGGCGAUAUCGCAAAACAUAUGCCACCAGAUGCCAAGGCUCUACAUGCCCUGAUACCCAAUCACGCCUUCAUCGCACGGAAGAACGUCACCGAGAUAUGGACGCGCUAUCAGGAGGCACGAGAAAGGGGCAUCAACGAACCGCGUCUGCUGGACUUCUUCAAGUCGGAGCUUCCAAGGGCCGCUGCUAAGCCUCUGGCAGUGGCUACGAGCGAGGAUGCGGCCGAGGGAGCGCUGGAACCUGCCCUCUUGUCAGAGUCUCAGCUAUUCGGCCGCAUGGCUCUGAGCUCGGCCUGGGAACAGCCAGCCUCUGCAGCUAAUGGCCUUGGAGAGUAUGUCAUGCUCCCGUGGCAGAAAUUUGUGCAAAAUGCGAAGACGGUCGAGGUCAUUCCCGAGGAAGAUGUUGCUAUGGAGGGAGGCGUCGAGGCGGAAGCCAAGGCUGCUGCGGCCGCUCAACCCGCUGAGCCUGAGGUGGAGGAGGAAUUCACCCUCAAGGCUGGCACGAAACGGAAAGCUCCUACAGCAGACGCUUCUGAUGUUAGCGACAACGAGUCUGAAUCCGGUGAGAGCUCCAUCGACAUUGUCCUGGAGCGGCCAGAGUCCGAGAGGAAGUCAAAGAAGCACGGCAAGACGGAUGCUGGCGAGCGCGAGGCAAAGGUGGCUGCGAAGAGGGCAGACAAGGUGGCGCGCUACACUGAAGAUUACGGCAAGGCCGCUGCCGAAGUACAACGCUUGGAGAAGGAAGUCGCCAAGAAGAAGGCCGAGCCGGCUCAAUUGGAGGAGGCGAAGGAGACGGCCGCGGAGAAGCAGAGAAAACUGCAAGGAUACCUGACGGCGAUCAACAACCGCAAGUCCAAGACGGAGAAGAAGGCGGCGAAGAAGGCCGAGAAGGCCCAAAAGGAGGCGGAGAAGAAGGUAAAGAAAGAACAGAAGCGUGCCGCGAAGAAGGCCCAGAAGGAGGCCAAGAAGGCCGAACAGCAGGAGGCUGACGGUGCGGACUCGAGCGACAGCGAGGAAGAAGAGGAGACGUUCGAUUACACCAAGGCCACAUCAGUGCUCCAUGCGGCGAGGACGGGCAACCGCGGCAAGACGCACGUCAAGCCGACGUUUGACCCGUAUGCGAAGACGGGUGAUGAGCCGCUCAAGGGCGCGAGAAAGGCGCCGCCUCCCAGGGGUGAGAGGAGCGCUACGUUUAGGAAAUAAGAUGGGUGAGGUUCGUGUUGGGGUUUGCUGUCAAGGGGUUUGCAGCUUGAUGGGAGUAGGAUAAUUGGAACGUGAGUGGAUGAAUCAGUAGCAAUACUGUUCCGGGCGAGAGAAGCCCUCGGGCAGAUGGUCCCGUCUAGAGUUAGGAACAGGACCAGAACUUUUUACAAACAGAGAGAAAUGAUGCCAUCAUUACAUGCAUGUCUAGAAGCAGUAGCAGAGCUCAUCAGACUGAUUUGUGA